GGCUUCAUAUAGCUGUCUUUAUUAUGAGAGCGCACACACAAUAUAAGCAAACACAGAAACAGAAAUCGAGAGCGUAAAAACAGAAACUGAACAGAUGAAACAUAAUCUUGUGGCAGGUAAAGCUGUCAUCACGAGCGAAUAAAUUGUGAUCCAGCACAGGUUUGAAGGUGGCGGCGAUGUCUCAAUGUGAUCGAAUUCGUUUUCGGAUUGGCAGCUCGGUCGCGUUAUCAUCUGCGCUCUCUCUGUUUGAAAAUUCUCCUCGCUCGCGAUUAUAUCUUCCAACCGGAAACACGUCAUGGAUUAAGGCUUGACAAGAUGAUCACUGAUCGAUUGAACUGCAUUACUAAGAACUGCCACUAGAGUUCAGAAUUGCGACUUUGGAGUUAAUUGCCAACAACAACAGAUGGAGGAAGAAUUGCAACUCAUCUGCUCACCUGGUUUACUGAAGCCAUACAGCCAUGGAGUCAGGAGAAAACGUAAGUUUAAAAUAUUUCAAAUAACACAUGUUGAUGCGUAUGCAACUUAAUAGUGAAUGAGUUUUGUGUUUAUUUGUAAUGGCUAAAGCUGCCAUUUUAAAAGUCAUUAACUUAUUAGGCAUUUGUCUAAAACCUGCAACAUAGGCAAAUAACCAACAGCAGUACAAUUAUCAUUAUCAGUUUAAUCAUUUAUUUGGUGAAGAGGUGUUGUGAAACAUACUUUUACAUAUAAAGUGUACUUGCUAAAUCUAUAUAAUUAAUAGCUUGCUGAUGGAAUGUGUGUUUAUGUAUACUUUACAUGUCAAUACGUUACUAAAAAAUUCCCUACUGAAAAAUACAGCUCAAAUCAGCAUAAGCAGGUUUUAGCUGGUAUAAGUUGGUCCUUACAGCCUGACCAGCUAAGUCCAGCUAGACCAUCUUAAAAAGUGACCAAAACACAACUAGAACAACUUGCUACACCAGCAAAACCAGCUUAUACCAAACUGGGAGACCAGCUAAAACCAGCUCACCAGAUUAUGAUGUAUUUUUCACUAAUGGUAGCUUAAAAAAAACACACCUCUGAACUAGCAUACUGUGCCUUCAAGAUUAAAAAAAAAACGUAGUAAACAGUGGUUAAGUGCAAAUCAGAAGAGAUGUUAAUAUAUACUUUGUGUUCAUUUGUCCUAGAACACUAUGAGGGAAAUAGUGAACACAGCUCAAAACCUCAUUACCGUAAUCAACAGCACAUUGCAGUCUCCUAGGUUAACUAGUCUUCAGGUUAACCAGACAAGAGGACAACACAUCAGCCACCCACAGCCCUCGCCCCAGACCUCCGUACAGCAGGAAAUGAUAAGAUCAUUUCCAGGAGUUUUUCAAAAGGGGUUGAAGGGAAAAUCAAAGUUCGUCCCCAUGAAACGCAAGGCACCAAAGACAGUUGUGAUGUCAUUUUACCUUCUGCCUCGCAUGACUACAAAAACUCCAAAAGGCAGUGAUGAAUUCAAGUUGAUUGAGGCAGGACUUGGGAAAAGAAGCUUAAAAGUUAACGAUAACAUCAGUCAUGCCGAAUUGUCUGAGAUGUUGUGUCUUGAAUUCCCCAAAAUGCAAGGCUUGGAUGGAGGCUGGCUGCUGUAUAAAGCAAUGGGUGGAAGUGGACAGAGGCCCCUAACUGUGAUUGCUCCAGAAUCAGAAGGCUAUACAGGAGCACUAGUACAAACAGCUAGCAAUUGUGGCAAAUCUGUUCUUUAUAUAGUGCCACUUCAACUGGAAAUUGAUAUGACUCCAUUGCCACUCAAUUCCAAAGAAUUUGAUAAAAUGCCCAAAGCUCACUGCAGUAGAUGCAAUGAACAAAUGCCAUUACAGCUCCUGGCAAUCCAUGUCAAUUCCUGUAGCAGUGCAAGUUAUUCUGACAGUGAGGAAUCAAUAACUGUGGAAUCGGAUGCUGCAGAAGGUGUGCAUGCAGAAGGUGUGCAUGACGAAGGCAGCAAAGAACUAUUAAACUGUGACUCUGAUGUGGAAUUUGUUCCACCUGUUCUGAAUGCAGAACCAUCCAAAAAGAGCGAGUAUGCACCUUGCCCAAUAUGCCAGGAACCAUUUCCUCUUUAUUUUCUAGAGGUGCAUGCAAGCACAUGUGGUGAGAGACCUGUAGAAAACCAAGGAACCUUGGAUGUAGAAAGAAAUGAGCCUCAUAGACAAAAGAAAAGCACCCCAAAGUGCUCCCUUAAAGUUUGUUUUGUUGGAGAGGCAGGCAUAGAUACAGGAGCAAUAAAGAAGGAGUUCCUUACUGACCUGAUGAAUGGAAUUGAAUUGCGCUACUUUGAGCCUGGCCCUGACAACAAGGGAAAGAAUCCUAUAUACUCAAUAAGUGCCCUGGAGGAGAGCUACUUCAGGAGCUUUGGAGAGAUCAUUGCUUGCUCCUUGGCUCAAGGAGGUCCAGCACCUGACUUCAUGCGCAAUUGGUGCUACACCUAUCUUGCUACAGGAGAUUUUGACCGUGUGGUAUUAACCCCCGAAGAUGUCACAGAUGUAGAAACCAUCGAAUUGAUUGAAAAGGUAAGAAUAGCCACCGAUGACGAAUUACGGAGUCUCACUGAUAAUCUGCUUUCCUGUGGAUAUACAGGUCUCAUAAAAACAGACAGAAAGGACCCAAUAAUAAGAACAAUCAUUCUAAACUCCCUGGCCCGAGUUCUGCCCAUGCUUGAGCAAAUGCGAAAAGGCUUGCAGCUCUACAACCUUCCGGAUGUGAUGGAACAACACAUGGACCUCUGUCGGCCUUUGUUUGUGCCACUGCAGGAUAACAAGCCCGAUGCAAACUUCCUUAUGGCAAGCUGCAAACCUGACUUUAGUGAAAAAGGCACCUCAAGACAUAAUCUUGAACAAAGUAUUCUGAACUACUUUCAAGAUUUUCUUCAGGAACUAGAGGAUGAUGAUGCAGUUCCUAAGCACUUUGACGAAACCGAAGACUCAGACACUGAAGUGGUUUCAAACACCAAGACACUUACAGUUCCAGGUGUCCUGCAGUGGUUAACUGGCCAGGCACACAAGCCAGUACUACCAAGUGAGAGAAACAAUUUUGAAAUUCAUGUAAAAUUCAAUCAUGUCUGCCAACAGGAAGCACAUACAAUUUGUUUUCCAAUAGUUAGUGCUUGUACUAAGACCAUAACUUUUCCAAUGGCACACAUGAGCUCUUACAGUGAGUUCAAACAUGUACUAACUCUGGCUUUGCGUUUUGGUAAUGUUUUUGGUAGAGUUUAAUUUGUGGAACAAUGAAGACAAUGAUUAUGGUACAGAAUAAUGUUUUAUUUUCCUUAACAUUGUAAAAAAAUGUUUACACUAAAAGUAAAUGGCAAAAAGAGAGUGCCAUGAUUGUUUUCAGUUAUUUUUGGUAUAUGC